GGUCAAUUCCAGCCAGAUUUUCACCAUAAAAUUAUUUUGAUUCAUGAAUCUUAUCAAGGAAUCUCAAAUAUAUUAUAUUUCACUCAGAGUUGUAAUAAACUGCUUCAAAGGGGCACUUGGUCCAGGCUGUAUUGUUAUUUGGAGCACAUCUUUGAGUAUUUACUUGUUGGGCAAUCCACCUCAAAAUCCGGUCGAUCUCUUACAUUUUCAGUAUAAUGGAGUUUUACAUACGAGUGCUGUCCAAAAUUUUGAGAUUAUUAGGUGUAGCUUCUUCAUGAUCCUUUUUGUCUAAACCAAGGCAUGAGCAUCAACAAGAAGGGAUUAUUAAUCUCCUAGUGCUUAAAGUUGCUGCAUUAUUGAUGUUGUUUAAACUUCUCAUUAUCUCUCAUAA